AUGCCGUCAGACGAGCUCAGCGAUGAGAUUGAGGCUCUCAAUUCCAUAUAUGGCGAUGGCACCCUGUCGCCGUCAACAUCAUCAGAUGCGGUAGAUGUGUACGUGCUCGUGCUGCCGGCCGAGGACACAGAUGCCGGCGCAGACUCUUCCCGACCUCGCCGCCCGCGCCGCGCUACGCCUGUACAUCCCGCCGUCGUAUCCGUCCUCGGAACCCCCAUCGGUGCUGGCCACCCACUCAGCCGGCGCCCACGCAAGCCCGGCGCCGCAGCCCACGCGCUGACGCUCUUUUCGCGGCCGCUUCUCGCAGAAGACGUACCACGCCAGGCGAGGCGUUCGCCCCGGAACGCGCGCCCCGGCAUCGCACACGCGUCACCUUUCCGCUCACGCGCUACGUCGCCAGGCGCAGCAGGGGCAUCAGCAACGGGUGCAGACACGCAGACGCCGCCGCCGUGGACGCUCUCGGACCCGCUGACGGAGCUCAAGUCGACGUUUCUCGCGCGGGCGGCAGCCGUGACGUCGCCGGCGCAGGCCAACGCGUACGUGGCGCACCUGCUGGCGACAGACAAGAAGGCGCGGGCGGCGACGCACAACAUUACGGCUUGGCGAGUGCGGGGGCCCCGGGGCGCGAGCUUCCAGGACUGCGACGACGACGGCGAGAGCGCGGCUGGCGGCAGGGUACUGAAGCUGCUGCAGAUGAUGGACGUCUGGGACGUCAUGGUUGUCGUGACGCGGUGGUAUGGCGGGCAGAAGCUGGGGCCGAGGAGGUUAAGCGUGAUAAACAUGGUCCAGAGGCAAGCGGUCCUCAGGCUCGUUUGGUGA